AACUGAAGAAAUGAUACCUAAAAAGUAUCACCGGAGUUGCAUGUCCUCUACUAAUUUCUAAGUAAUUAUUAACUAGAUUUAUAUUAAUAAUUAUACUGCUUAUAAAAAGGAUAAUUAAUCAUCUGUCUAAGUUCUACGACUCUAGCGUCCUAAUAAUUAAGAUUCAUUGUGAUUUUAUUUAUUAACUACCGUAAGUGUAAGAAGUCAGUUAAUAAAGUAAACUGAGUAUUCUCUGAACUCUGAGUCUCUGCUAACUGCUAAGACUUAAGACUUAAGACUAAGGACAAGGACUAAGAGUCUUAGUAAGAGUAAGAGUAAAGUAAAGAGUAAAGACUAUAAAUAAUAAAACUAUAAAACUAAUAAUUAAUACUAAUAAUUACUAGGCCUAAUAUUAAUAUAGGCAACUAGACUAUAUAAUGGCUAUGGCAUGGCUAUUAAAGUAAUAGUAAUAGUCUAUAAAUACUGACUAAAUAGUUAAAUUUUAGCGAAGUGGAUGCGUACACCGCGGCUGUGUACCUAGCGAAACCAUCGGCUUUGGCCUGCGUAAACCGCGGCAAAAAUGUACCAUUGGCAUGGUUUUAAGAUAUGCUUGUUAGAGGAGAUCUUGUGUGGUCAAGUGGUAGAGUGGACGCUUGGCGAUAAUAUAUUUUGAGAUCAAUUCCCAGUAGGGGAUCGAGUUUUUUUCCCUCCCAUUUUAGUUUUAAAAUAUUUUUUAGCAAUUUUAACAAUUUAAAUAUAUGUUAAAUCAAGUACCGGCUAGGCCAAAAAGUUAAAGACUCGCAAAGACCAUAGUUUUGCUACUUUAAAUCGCUGCGGUGUACGCAGGCCACAGUCCAUGAUUUAGCUAGGUACACCGCCGCGGUGUACGCAGGCCAAAGUCAAUAGUUUCGCUAGGUACACCGCCGCGGUGUACGUAGUGCCGGCCUAAUUUUAGAGUACGAAGCCUGAGGUAGGCACUUCGGUUUCCUCUGGAAAACGCUCGAAAAUUGGGUAUCGUAAUUUGGUUUUCAAAAUGGUGACCUCCACUUUUAAUUCACCGAUGGUAUCGUUGUUUAAAUUUUUAUAGUCGAUUUUUAGCAUAUUAAUAAAUUAUACAUCCACCAAUUACUAAUAGUAUAGCCGACAUCUUGAUGGUUCUUUUGAGAAUUGAUGUGAUUUUUUUUUUUUUGAGGUUAAAGGCAUUAAAGCUUUGAAAAUUGAAGUUGAAAAUAUGUAAAAUAAACUGAUCAAUAACUUUUUUAAAAAAAAUGCUUUCUUUAAAAAAAAAUAGUUUAUUUAAUUUAUCAGUUCAUCCAAAAUUCAUGAGCGUAGACCAUUGCCAGGCUUCAAAAACGAAAAUCUAAGCGUUCAUAUUUUUAAUUUUUAAGGUUAUGUAAUUUGUAAUCAUGGCCACCAUGCUUGUCUGCUUAUUACAAAUUAUUGAUAGCAGCCGUGGGGUAGUUAAUAAUUCAUUAAAUUUGUUUUACAGAAUAUAAAUGGGAAUUAUAACUAUUUAUAAAUCAUUUAAAUAAAUAAAAAAAUUAUUUCUAACAUAAAGAAUUAUUAUUGGCUUAUGGACUUAUGAAAUAUCAGUGUUUUUAAAAUUUAGGGGUUGAUAACCACUUGUAUUUCAUUUAGAAUAGGCUUAAUUGAAGUAUAGUAAUAUAAUAAUAGUAAUGAUUUGGUGAGUGGGAUAAAUAGCUGUUAUUACAAAUAAUACAUUAUUAUUUGGCCUAUAAACUUAGUAUAAUAGAUGGUAUAUUUGAAGUAUAUAUUUUCAAUUAUCAGCCGCUAUUAGGCUGGUAGCCGGACACUUUCUAACGAAAUAUAAUUGCAUUUUUAAUUUGGGACCGCCAUUCUAGGGAGUGCCAAUAAGAUGUCUAUGUCUAUAUUUUUAGGCAUAUAUUAUAUUUAUAGUUAUAGUAUACUACUAAUUAGGCUUAGCCUUAGUCUUAAUUCAGUGAUGUGAAUCAUAUUCAUAUUUGCUGAGACUAUUCGUACCCGAGUACCAGAAGUGAGUGGUUGGGAUAAAAAAAACUAUUUAAAAUAUUAUUGUUUGGUUUAUAAGACAAAAUGAGGUAUCAAAUGAAAGAUAAUUGAAUGGACUAUAUGUUUGUAAACUUAAUUCUUCAGUUUAACUAAAAUAAACUACCACAAAUGAAAUUUGAAUAGCAUUUAGUAAAAAUGGCCCCGACUCUCAGCGCCGCCCGCCAUUCACACCCAGAGUUCCAUGCAGCCAUUGGUUUAAAAUGUAACUUAAGCCUAUUUGAUUAAAAUUUUGCCUCUAAAAGUAAUUAUUCUUCCAAUUUUUCUUGUCAGGAUUUUUUGAACUACCUUCAAAUAAUAUCAAAAAUAAAAAGUCUUGAUAUUAUGUAAAAGUUCUGUUGCGUAUCCCAUUGAAAAUGUGUGCUAAAAAUUUGUUAACAUUAUCUUUUGAAAUAAAAAAGUUGUUUUCAAAAUAGGGUAGAAAUGUGGAAAAUUGGUCACAAGUUUUAUAGUUAAAUACAAAGAUAAAUAAAGGAUUUUAAAAUGUGCACACAAAAAAAAAAAAUCUUAAAUCCACUUCUAUAAAAGAUAGAAAAAUGCAUUAUUGAUGGUUUUUAUGAAGGUUAUGGCAGUCACACAAAAUUUAAAAUGUAUGUCAAAGUACCAACUAUAGCCUACUUCUAGGGUUAAACUAUAGUUAUAACAUUACAUAGAGUGAUGUCUGUGUAAUAUGUAUAAUCAUGCAUAUUGAUAUAGACUAUAAUAUAUUUAUACGUAGACCUAAGUACAGCCUAUAUGAUGAUGAUAGAAGUCUUAGAUGGUACCAUAAUAUAAUUGAUUUGAUUAGGCAUUUAUUUUAGUUAUUAACAUACUUUGUCUAUAGGAUAUCAAAUGUAUACUGUACUUUAGACAUUGGGAUCAGUCUCUCUCUCUCUCACACACACACGCGCACGAAAUGUUCUGAUGAGAAUUGUUGCCAGCCGAUUCGAAGCUCCUAUUUUGAAAUUGUGUCCAAUAGAUUCAUUUCCCCGCCAAUUCCAGUCUUUCAAACUAGUGAAGGCCUUAAGGCACCAGAUGCUUCUGAGAAGGACUUACAUAGAUUUCCAUCUUUUUUCUUCAAGCAGUCUGUCAAAUUUGAUAAUAUGUUACCUCGAUUCACAAAGGCAUUCAAAAUUCUUCCAUUUGAUCUUUUUUGUCCCUCAGUCAUUGUAUAAUAUUCUAUGUGAUGUCCAUAGCGCCAUGGUCCUGGUGUUUUGUAAGGUGACCGAGUUGCAUGCUCAAAAGUUUUGUCUAGAACGGGUUUGCAAAAUUUGUAACAUCUAUUUUGCAUCACAAGUCAUGUUGAAAAAGCAUGUUCAAUAGCCCUGGCAAUGCACUCUUGAGCAUAAGAAACUACCACCUGCUCCUCAACAAAAAAAAGAUUAGACCAUUGCGAGUAGCUGCCAGGAGACAGAGAGAGCUUAUGGCAAUUAUUGCUCACAAUGACAAUGUUUCUAUUUUAAGUGCUGAAUGGUUAGAUGAUGAUGACGUUGACUUGUCUGGUAUAUCAGUUCCGCAAGAUGAAAAUGAUAAAUCAGCUACUAUGCCCAUUGUUACGAUAGAGCAACACCUGGCUACUUUAUGGGAAGAUGAUACUCAAUGAUAGCAGCUAGAAACUAUACUACAAUUGUCAGCUGUACUGAAAAUAAACACAUUCAUACUUCCACAAACAAUGAUAUUUAGUCUUUAACAAACUUUUAAUUGAGUCUGCAUUAUAAAAUUUAAGUGUAAAAACUUUUUAACUCUGGCAUUAAUAAUCUAAAGAUGUAAUAAAAUGUUUUUUCCUACAAUUUUAUGGUAAUUUAAAUAGAUCAGCAUAAAGUAAGAUGUAUUUAUAUUAAAUUCUUUUUUUUUUUUUUUUUUUGGGUUGGGGGGGGGGGGGGGGUUUUAAAAAUUUUGAGAUAAUUUUUUUGGGUGUUAUAAAAAUGUUGACAUAAUUACUUGCGGGGGGGGGGUGAGGGUGGAUCACUGAAAGUUUGACAGUUGUUGACAAGGGGGGGGGGGGGGCAAAAAUUGCGUAAAAAUUUUUGACGUACUGUAAUUAAUGGGCGCCCCCUUUGAAUAGAAUAUUCCCCUACAGGAGUAACAUUAUAGAUAAAUAUGGUCUACAUGCUUUGUCAUUCAUUCAUAUUAGAAUUGAAAUUGUCUUUAGCACAUCAGUAGGAACAACUUGGCCGGCUUUGACAUUUGAAUAAAUGUUUAUUUUUGACAUUUAAAUUAUGAAUGCAAAAAUGUACCUAGUGAGCAAAGUUAUAAUGACUUGGGUCACUAAUACUAUAUGAAUAGCAUUGUUUUCAAAAAGUUGAUGCUUGUAUGUUUAACAAAGAUUGGUUUAAAACAUUAAAAAGAAAUGUCUGUCUUCAGAUAAAGUGAUCAUAGAAAUGUUUCCAGUGAAAGAUUUUUUGAGGAACUCAUUAUUCAAGUCUCUAAUAUCAGACAGUUCGAACAAGAUAAGCUGUAUGGUAUGUUAUCUUGUCUAAGAUUUUGUUAAAUGUUUUGUUUGAUUGAACUAAUUGUAAAAUUAGUUUAUUCUUUGGCGCAACAUUGUUUGCUUAGCCAACCCCCUCAUCUGCCUCAUCACUACUUUACUUCCCAUCCUUCUCCCUUCCCCACCAUAUUAAUAAAAAUGUGCUUCAUUUUGUAAUCAUAAAUAGCUUUAGUUAGAUCCAACAUAAUGAAAAAGAUUGUUUGGCGAGCAAGAGUAGUUUUCAUUGUCAUUUUUAAAAAAAACUUUUUUGUGGUUAUUAUUUACUAUAAUCGCAGUAAACUCACUUGUAAUGGUUGUUAAUUAGUAAACUAAAUUUGUUCAACUUAGUUUAUUGCAAUAAAAGAUACAUUGUUUCUAUAUUAUAAUUUUGUUAUAUUGAAAGCAUUCUAGUCACCCAGUGUUUAUAUCAUUUAUAAAUUUCAGACUACAAAAUGUACAGAUUAAUCCUCAAGUUUAUUUGCCUACCAGGAGUAACAAUUUUAAAAUAUGCCUGUACUUAAUAUUUCAUUUUACAAUUUUGUCCUAUGUUGUUGUAGAAAAACCUUUUGCGGUUCACCAGCAAUGGCAGUGAUUCUUCCAGUGUUAACAAUAGUUUGACAACCUACAAAAAGGAGAGCAAAGUCGUAACAGACAAAACUUUUGAGCAUGCAACUCGGUCACCUUACAAAACACCAGGACCACGGCGCUAUGGACAUCACAUAGAAUAUUAUACAAAUGGUAUGUGAGAUGUCAUAUACAGAUGGUAGGUGGGAUAUAUAAUUGUUUGGCUGGAUAUAUACAGUUUUUAGGAGGGAUAUAUACAGUAAGGUGAGAUAUACAUAAUCAGUAUGUGGGAUAUAUACAGUUUGUAUGCAGGAUAAAUAAAGAACGGAGGGGGGAUAUACACAGUUGGUAGGUGGAUAUACGGAGUUCUGCAGGAUAAUAAUGGUAGGCUGGAUAUAUAACUUUGGCUUGUAGGUGGGAUAUAUAUUUAUAGUUGGCAGGUUAAAUAUAUACAGUUUGUAGGUGGAUCCAUAAAUUCUAGGUGGGAUGGUUUAGUGUUGAGACAUUAUUCUCUCAAAUUUGAUUGUGAUAGUUGUUAGGUUAUGGUUUAAAAAUAUGGGUAGAGUGUGGUGCUGUUUGUUAAAUUAAGGUUUGAAAAUGUGGUGCUGUAGUUGAAAAGAGUUAGCCAGUUACAGUUACUGAGUAGAUGUAGUGUCCACUCUGAGAGUAUGUCGAACUGAAUUAUUUCAGUCUGAAACGACAUGAAGUAAAAUGUCAUCAAGCAACACCCAUUGUUUCAUAAGCCAGCCCUAAUGAACUGAACAUUUUAUUUAUUUUUAUCUCCACUCUACAGGUGUGUUGCCACGUCAUGAAAGGCCAGUCAGAUCAUUGCCACCAUACAGACCUAAAGACAACUGGGCAACCAAACCUGCUUUAUUUGGUCAAAAUGAUUACAUUGGUAAUUGAAGUUUUGAACUUUUAAAGUUUUAUUUAAACUAUUGCUUAAGUGAAAUGAGGGCCAGAUCAUUUAGGCCAGUUUUUUUUCUAUUUUAAAUUACAAAUUGGCACAUUUUUUGGGGGGGGGGGGGGGUCAUUCUCCAAAUUUUUCGAGGGGUCAUUCUCCAAUAUUUUCACACAUGAAGUUACUUUAGGCUAGGUUUUCCUUUCUUUUAAUAUAAUGAAUGUAUUUGUGUAUUUAUGUAAACUGGGAGAACUUUCAUAUAUAAUAUUGCUGCAACUCUAGAAAUAUAAUAUAUUUAUUUGAAAUUAAAUUCUUGAUUUUGAAGUAACGGUAAAAUUAUUUUCUCCCACACUAAAAAAAUAAAAGGAUUAUCAUUUCAAUAAAAUAUUUAUGAGAUAUUUAUCCACAUGUAAAUUGUUUGUAAGCCUUCAUGACUGCAAACAAAACUAAUCAGUCAUUUUCAAGUCCAAAUCCAAUAUUAUACCAAGUGAUUUCUGCUUUGAUUAAAUACAUUGUGAUACAAAAGCAGAUGUUACUGUAACAUCUAAUAGAUGCAAUGGGCCAAGAAUAUCCUUUCACACUAAUGUGAGCUUUCCUUGGUUAAACAAUAUUUGACACCUUAAAAAAACUCUCAUUUAAAAAAAAUUAAUAUACAUUUUAUUUUACAGUUAAUGCUUUAUUGAUUGCCACUCUUAUUUAGAUAUACUUGGAGAUGGCACUGUUCAUCCUGCUGACUUACUGACUGGCCCUCGAUGGCUCAUAGCUUUCAAAGCAAAUGAAAGAGAUAGAAUGUUGCGGAAAAUGGAAUGGGAAGGACCAAGGCUCAAGCUCAUGUAUCCAUCAGAAUACAAUCGUAUUGAGAAGAGAAUACGAUAUUUGACCAAAAUUUAUAACUUUAAGAGAGCAAGGAGAUGGGUAGAUUAAAGUUUUGUGUUGGUUUAUUUUAUUUGUACAUCUUUGAUUGACAACUUAGUAUAAGUCUAAAAAUUAUUUGAAUGAUUAAAUCAAGUUAACUGGAAUAAAAUUAUAAAACUUGGAAUUCAUUAAUUAUUGGUAAUUGAUGAUAACUAUAGAGAAUGUAAGUUUCUGCACCAAUGUUACACCAUUGGCCUACUUUAUACCAUCUUCCUGGUAUCAACUAUAUAAUUUAAAACAUAUCACAAGUAGCAACAAUAAAUUAAGUUUUAUAAUUGUCUCUUGCAAAAAAAAAAAAAUAACAGAAAUUUGUUCAACUUUUGAAAAAAAUAUUUUAUUUCAAUUUUUACAUGAUGGAAAUAUACUUCAAUAUCUUUUUUAAUAUAAAUAUGCAUUUUCUUAGAUCAGUUAUUUGAAGAUAAAAAAAUCUUUUAAUACUACCGUAUCCAAUAGGUUUUACCAUAAAUCUGUCAUACAAUUGAGUAAUGUAGAAGUACUAUCAAUUUUCAGAACAUUCAAAUUUUUGUUCACUGAAUAAACCUAUUGAAACCUACGUAUUCAAACCUACAAUUGUAGAUAAAGAGAUUACCAACUAAAUAAAAUAAUUUAAGGUGACAAAUACAAUGUUAGAGUAGUGCUAGAGAUUAAUCACAGUAGAAUCACACAUGCUUCAAUAACAUAAACAUUUCAUUGCCAACCUUUUGAAGUAAAAUUUAGAACUUACAUGACAGAAUUAUUUGACCAACUUUGUUAUUGUCUGUAUCAAAGGUUUGUCAGUGAUACCGCACUGUGAGACUAGACACCUGACUGUGUCCUGUAGCUCAUACAGGAAGGCUGAUAUUUUGCACUAUAAGAAGCUUACAUUUUCAACUGAAACUUUUGACUUAAGAGAAAAAAGUCACUCAUGUUCAGGGAAUGAAGGCAAACAAUAAAAAAAAAAUUAAGUUAUAUUUUUUAACUUCAUUUUACACAUCUUGGAUAACAAAUACAAGUAUUUUGUACAAAAUUCAAAUAUAUUUUACAGCAGAUUGUGCUCCUUGGUGAUUUUACUUGUAUAAUUAAUACAGACUCGUUUACCCUCACACUCUUAAAAUCUUACAAUAUCAUCGUAAAAUCAAUUAAUAUGUUAAACUAAUAGUAGGAAAUAAACAUACAAUAUAUAAUGUCUACACCUCAAAAUCGUAAGAGUAAACAGGUCUGUUCAUAUUUGAAAAAAACACAAAAGGCCAAGCUUUCCAAGAGUCCAUGACAAUUAAAAAUACUAAAAACUUGAGGUAUGCUAAUACUACACACACAGCCAAAAGGAAAUAAAAAUUAUAAUCUGCAGCCUUCUCAGUUAAAGUAAAUAUGUCAAGAGCUGAAUUCUCACAAUCUAAUUUUAAAAAAAGGUUUUAAAAAAAUUAAAUACUUUCAUUUAUUUUAUACUUAAACUGGGUAAUUAUAAAAAAACCUAACAAGAAAAUUAUGUCUAAAAGAAAGAUGGAACAAAGUUUAAUGAAAUUAUAAUUUUGAAAACACCCAAAAGGAAAAUAACUAGUUCAAAAUUGUAUGUAACGUGCUAAAUAGUGUCACUUUCAAUAAAUGAAGAUGUGAUUAUUAAUUAUUGUUCUCUGUCAUUGAUUGAUGUGCCUUUAUUUUCAGUACAAGAGACUAAUCAAUUAGAAACUAUAGAAAAAUUGACAAUAAUUAUAUAAAAAAAGUAAAAUAUAUUGAAUUAAAAGUUCUUUAGGGCCAUCAUGUGCGUUACAGUGCUCUUGAAAUAAAUCUGUAUCUUAUAACAAUUUUUUUGAAUUAUUUGUUUCAUGACAAUAUUGAGAGCAAACUUCUUAAAAAUAUUUUAUCAAUAACCUACCACUACCAGGUAGUUAAAAAAAGUCUUUUGUCCAUCAUAAGGAGUAGGAAUAGGACUAGGAGCCAAACAAACAAGCUAUUUGAUUUUUUUCUUAACAGAAAAAUAUGAUGAAUUUAUUUGUAUAACUUCUGCUGAAUUGAAGUUGGAACUCAGAACCAAUCAAAAUGGAAAAUAAAAAAAGUUAAUUCUUCAGAGGAAUGUAAUAUUUGACUCAAAAUAAAAGUCAACAGUCAUACAGUUUCAUUAAGUAGCAGUGACUUGUGGUAUCUGCAAGAAGCAUGUUUUCGUUUAUUUCUCAAAUACUUCACUGGACAUAUAACAGCAAAGAACAUAUUGAUUGAUUCACUCUCAUGGGUGGAUUGAUGAAUAUAAAAAUAGAUUAAAUAUAAAUUAAAGCUAGGAAUGUGUGUUUUUGUCUGGAGUAAAUAAAUCAGAAUAUGUUGGAAUAGUUAGACCAUAACAAGACCUGCUUUGUUAGCAGCUGUACUAGAUCUGAGCUGAACAUUCUGGCAAGUCAGGACUCAAUCAAAAAUUUUGUGAAAGAAUUAAUGUUUCAAAUUAAUUUCUUUCAGAUGUACAUCAUCAGUAUCAGGGUUCAUGGUACAUUUAUGUUACAAAGGAGACUUUACAUCAACUUCUUGAUUAACCUUUCUUCAACUGGGUCUGAUGUAGAAUAAUUACAAUAAAUAUUACAAUGUAUAUUUUGAUAUUGGUAUUAAUUUUCUAAAAUAUAAUAAGCCUCAGUGUUUCAUAGAGCUUCAUGAUGAAAAUAUUUUAAUGAAUUUAAGGUAAUAUACAGUCUCACUAAUAUGUUUAUUUGACUAUAGGCUUACUGGUAUAAUUUAUAACAAUAUAGUUUUAAAGUUGAGAUUGUCCUGAUUCAAAUUUUCAUGAUAUUGUAUGAAGGACAAUAGCUUAAACACUAUUCCACUAUUUUUUUUACUAAUCAUUUUUUGCAAAGUUAUUGGCAAACAAAUUAUUACAUUAUAAUGAAAGUUUCAUUAAAACUAUUGUAGAUAUAAGGUAAGAAAAGAACAGGAACAAAUAUAUUAACCAAAUAAAUAGCAUGGCUAACAUUGUAAACAAUUAUUCCAUGCAAUAUUUUUUUUUGCUCUCAACAAAAAGUAUAUAUAAUAUUUAUAGUGCAUAAGUAAAACAUUUAAAAUUACUAAAUAAUUUUUCAUUUUUAUUUAAGUGGCCAGAUUUUGUUACGUGAAUCACAAUUUUGUAGGAUACAUCACAGACAUGAUUUGGAAAUUUUACAACCAAAAAAAUGAAUGUUCAACUUAUCUACAUGAAUGCUCAACUUAUCUACAUAUCAGUUAAGCUGAACAUUCAUUCUGUAACAUUACCUUGUUACCAAAACGUUGAGAGAAAAUUCUCAACAAAAAUAGAUGAGUUUCAAUCAACAAAAUAAAUUAGGCAUUUGAGUGUCAUUAUAACAUUUAUCAACCUUAAAAUCAGUACAUAACUCUCAUUUUUUAUUAUGCAGCAUUGAAUUUAGAUAAUAAAUUAUAAAAAUCCUUGUUUGUAUGAAAAGUUUGCUAUAGCAAGUUAUUCAUAAAACUAUGAUGUAGAUGCAAGGCCCUGACUGAAAGAAAUGAAUUGGGAUUUUAGUUUCUUCACACAUACUUAACCACAAGUUUUAAUUCUUAGAGUGUAAAUCUUGUGUAAAUCUAGUACUUUAACAUGGUAAAAAUCUUGUGUAAGUCUAUAAGGUUAACAAGGUGAAAAUCUUAGUAAAUUUAUUACUUUACACUACUGUACCCAUAUUACAUGGGUUUUUAAAUUAUGACGGAUGAAAACAAUUACAAAAUUUAUUAGUUAUUAUGUAUGACAAACAUAAAAUAAUAGAAAUAUAAUUUUUCAAUCUUUGUAAUUUUUUAACACCUGCUGUCAGUGUAAUGCACCUCUAUAGGUAUUUAUAAACAGCUGAUUAAGAGUAGUACAAAUUUGGUAUUUUUGACCAUUAGAUACCAGUCUACAGGACAUAAAUUGCUAGUGCGUUUAUUGGAAUGUUGAAGCUAUUGGACAUUUUUUAAAUUGAAAAAUAAUAUUUUAUCUUAAUGCUGAUAAUCUUAUAGAAAAAUUGGGACUCCACCAGAAAAUUAGACAACCUUGAAAAAAUAAUGUAGACACAGGCAUAAAUUAUACAUAUAAAUCAGCUUCUCAUUAAUUUCUUCCUAUUCUCAUUUAUGCUGACUUAGCAAUCAUAACACAGGAACACUCAAUAUCUAUAUGUCAUUCAACAAACAUCCAACAGAAACACCCAAUUUAUUUCAUGAAGGAAGAAACCUAUCACUUUUUAGCAGCUUCAGCUUCUUCCCUGAGAAAAAAAAUUAAUGGAAAUUUGCUUGUAAACAUUCAAUAAUUUUAUUUUGAAAGAAUGGUUUCGAAAAUUUUAAAUUCUUCAAGUCUAAAUAACAAUAUAGAAUGCAAAUGAUGAUUAAAAAUUUGUUUCAAUAUACUUUACUUCCAUUGAAAAUUUGAAUUUAUAUGUGUCAUUUAAUAUUUAUAGGUCAUGAUUUCAUACCUUU